AGGGCGCGGGGCGCGCAGCCGGGCUGGCGCGCGUCUCCCUGGCAGGAGGCGGCAGUGGCGGCGGCGCGCACCGGAGCCAGCAUUCCUCCGAAGCCUCCGGAGCCCGCGGGGCGACGUCACCCCAGGCUCCGCCCCCGUCCCUCCCGGAGCAAAGUAACUCUGGACUACCCUGAGCAGCCUCUGCCUAGCAUGGAGAGCAGCGGCCGCGGCUGGCUGGCGACGCUGGAGACGCUUUCGCCCGCGAGGUAGUUGGCCAACGUUGCGCAAGGACGAAAGUGUUGGCGGGUGGCCGCGGCGUCCCCGCGAGCCCCCCACGAGGCCGGACGGACGUCUGGCUGACGGAUUUCGCCGCGUUUUCCCCCGGAGGCUCUUUGCAAAGCUGCCUGAAACUUCUCCCAAACUCGCCAUGGAUGUGGUGGCGGCGGCGCUGCCUGCUUUUGUAGCGCUCUGGCUCCUGUCCCCGUGGCCUCUCCUGGGGUCCGUCCAUGGCCAGUUCUCAGCAGGUGGCUGUACUUUUGAUGAUGGGCCAGCGGCCUGUGACUACCACCAGGAUUUAUAUGAUGACUUUGAGUGGGUCCAUGUCAGUGCACAGGAACCCCAUUACCUGCCCCCUGAAAUGCCUCAAGGUUCCUAUAUGGUUGUGGAUGCCUCAAAUCAUGAUCCUGGAGAAAAAGCCCGACUUCAGCUGCCUACCAUGAAGGAGAAUGACACCCACUGCAUUGAUUUCAGUUACCUGUUAUAUAGCCAGAAGGGGCUGAGCCCUGGCACUUUGAAUAUACUAGUUAGGGUGAAUAAAGGACCUCUUGCUAAUCCAAUUUGGAAUGUGACUGGAUUCACUGGUCGGGACUGGCUCCGGGCUGAGCUAGCUGUGAGCACCUUUUGGCCCAAUGAAUACCAGGUAAUAUUUGAAGCUGAAGUCUCAGGAGGGAGAAGUGGUUAUAUUGCCAUUGAUGACAUCCAAGUCCUGAGUUAUCCUUGCGAUAAAUCUCCUCAUUUCCUCCGCCUUGGUGAUGUGGAGGUCAAUGCAGGGCAGAAUGCUACAUUUCAGUGCAUCGCUACAGGGAGAGACGCUGUGCAUAACAAGUUAUGGCUGCAGAGACGCAAUGGAGAAGACAUACCCGUGGCCCAGACUAAGAAUAUAAAUCACAGAAGAUUUGCUGCCUCUUUCAGAUUGCAAGAAGUGACAAAAACUGACCAGGAUUUGUACCGCUGUGUAACUCAGUCAGAAAGAGGUUCUGGGGUUUCCAAUUUUGCUCAACUCAUUGUGAGAGAACCGCCUAGACCCAUUGCUCCUCCUCAGCUGCUUGGUGUUGGCCCUACUUACUUGCUGAUCCAACUAAAUGCGAAUUCUAUUAUUGGCGAUGGCCCCAUCAUCCUGAAAGAAGUAGAGUAUCGAAUGACGUCAGGAUCUUGGACAGAAACUCAUGCAGUCAAUGCACCAACAUAUAAGUUAUGGCAUUUAGAUCCAGAUACAGAAUACGAGAUCCGUGUCCUGCUUACCAGACCUGGUGAAGGGGGAACUGGGCUCCCAGGACCACCACUGAUCACUAGAACGAAGUGUGCAGAACCUAUGCGGACGCCAAAGACUUUAAAGAUUGCUGAAAUCCAGGCAAGGCGCAUCGCAGUGGACUGGGAGUCCUUGGGCUACAACAUCACUCGCUGCCACACUUUCAACGUGACUAUCUGCUACCAUUACUUCCGUGGCCACAAUGAGAGCAGGGCAGACUGUUUGGACAUGGACCCCAAAGCCCCUCAGCACAUUGUGAACCAUCUGCCACCUUACACAAAUGUUAGCCUCAAAAUGAUCCUAACCAACCCAGAGGGCAGGAAGGAGAGCGAGGAAACAAUCAUACAAACUGAUGAAGAUGUGCCCGGGCCUGUGCCAGUCAAAUCCCUCCAAGGAACAUCCUUUGAAAACAAGAUCUUCCUGAACUGGAAAGAGCCAUUGGAACCAAAUGGAAUUAUCACUCAGUAUGAGGUGAGCUAUACCAGCAUAAGAUCAUUUGACCCUGCUGUUCCAGUGGCUGGGCCACCGCAGACUGUAUCAAAUUUAUGGAAUAGUACACAUCAUGUAUUUAUGCAUCUUCACCCUGGAACCACCUACCAGUUUUUCAUAAGAGCCAGCACUGUCAAAGGCUUUGGGCCAGCCACAGCCAUCAAUGUGACCACAAAUAUCUCAGCUCCAAGCUUACCUGACUAUGAAGGAAUUGAUGCCUCUCUGAAUGAAACCGCCACUACCAUCACUGUGCUAUUGAGACCAGCACAAGCCAAGGGUGCUCCUAUCAGUGCUUAUCAAAUUGUUGUGGAGCAGCUACACCCACAUCGAACCAAGCGAGAAGCAGGAGCCAUGGAAUGCUACCAGGUUCCGGUUACAUACCAGAACGCCCUGAGUGGGGGCGCACCCUAUUACUUUGCUGCAGAACUUCCCCCUGGGAAUCUUCCCGAGCCUGCUCCCUUCACCGUGGGUGACAACCGGACCUAUAAAGGCUUUUGGAACCCUCCCCUGGCUCCCCGCAAAGGAUACAACAUCUAUUUCCAAGCCAUGAGCAGUGUGGAGAAGGAAACUAAAACCCAAUGUGUACGAAUUGCUACCAAAGCAGCAGCAACAGAAGAACCAGAAGUGAUCCCAGACCCGGCAAAGCAGACAGACAGAGUGGUGAAAAUCGCAGGCAUCAGUGCUGGCAUCCUAGUGUUCAUCCUUCUCCUCCUGGUAGUCAUAGUAAUUGUGAAAAAGAGGAGGAGCUACUAUUCUUACUCCUACUACCUCAAGCUUGCUAAGAAGCGCAAAGAUGCAAUGGGGAACACACGUCAGGAGAUGACCCACAUGGUGAACGCUAUGGACCGGAGCUAUGCUGAUCAGAGUACCCUGCAUGCAGAAGACCCCCUUUCCCUCACCUUCAUGGACCAACAUAACUUCAGUCCAAGAUUGCCCAAUGAUCCACUUGUGCCGACUGCUGUGUUAGUCCCUAUAACCGAUGAGAACCACAGUGCCACAGCAGAGUCUAGCCGUCUCCUGGAUGUUCCUCGAUACCUCUGUGAAGGGACAGAGUCCCCUUACCAAACAGGACAGCUGCACCCAGCCAUCAGGGUGGCGGACUUACUGCAGCACAUUAACCUGAUGAAGACAUCAGACAGCUAUGGGUUCAAAGAGGAAUACGAGAGCUUCUUUGAAGGCCAGUCAGCCUCUUGGGAUGUGGCUAAAAAGGAUCAAAACAGAGCAAAGAACCGAUACGGAAACAUUAUCGCAUAUGAUCACUCCAGAGUCAUCCUGCAACCGGUGGAGGACGACCCUUCUUCAGAUUACAUUAAUGCCAACUACAUUGAUAUUUGGCUGUACAGGGAUGGCUACCAGAGACCAAGCCACUACAUUGCAACUCAAGGCCCAGUUCAUGAAACUGUAUAUGAUUUUUGGAGGAUGGUGUGGCAAGAGCAGUCAGCCUGUAUUGUGAUGGUCACUAAUUUAGUCGAAGUUGGCCGGGUGAAAUGCUAUAAAUAUUGGCCUGAUGAUACUGAGGUUUAUGGUGACUUCAAAGUUACCUGCAUAGAAAUGGAACCACUUGCUGAAUAUGUAGUUAGGACAUUCACCUUGGAAAGGAGGGGCUAUAACGAAAUUCGUGAAGUCAAACAGUUCCACUUCACUGGCUGGCCUGACCAUGGUGUUCCAUACCACGCCACAGGGCUCCUGUCAUUUAUCCGGAGAGUCAAGCUGUCUAACCCUCCCAGCGCUGGGCCCAUUGUUGUACACUGCAGUGCUGGUGCUGGGCGCACGGGCUGUUACAUUGUUAUCGACAUCAUGCUGGACAUGGCUGAAAGAGAGGGUGUGGUUGACAUCUACAACUGUGUGAAAGCCUUACGAUCUCGCCGCAUUAAUAUGGUCCAGACAGAGGAACAGUACAUUUUUAUUCAUGAUGCCAUUUUAGAAGCCUGCUUAUGUGGAGAAACUGCCAUCCCUGUGUGUGAAUUUAAAGCUGCAUAUUUUGAUAUGAUUCGAAUAGACUCUCAGACUAACUCCUCUCAUCUCAAAGAUGAAUUUCAGACUCUGAAUUCAGUCACCCCUCGACUACAAGCUGAAGACUGCAGCAUAGCAUGCCUGCCAAGGAACCAUGACAAGAACCGUUUCAUGGACAUGCUCCCACCUGACAGAUGUCUGCCUUUUUUAAUUACAGUUGAUGGGGAGAGUAGUAACUACAUCAAUGCUGCUCUUAUGGAUAGCUAUAGGCAACCGGCAGCUUUCAUCGUCACACAAUAUCCACUGCCAAACACUGUGAAAGACUUCUGGAGAUUAGUAUAUGAUUAUGGCUGUACCUCCAUUGUGAUGUUAAAUGAAGUGGAUUUGUCCCAGGGCUGCCCACAGUACUGGCCAGAAGAAGGAAUGCUGCGAUAUGGUCCUAUCCAAGUGGAAUGUAUGUCUUGUUCAAUGGACUGUGAUGUGAUCAACCGAAUUUUUAGGAUAUGCAACCUAACAAGACCACAGGAGGGCUAUCUGAUGGUACAACAGUUCCAGUACCUAGGCUGGGCUUCGCAUCGAGAAGUGCCUGGCUCCAAACGCUCGUUUUUGAAACUGAUACUGCAGGUGGAAAAAUGGCAAGAGGAAUGUGAAGAAGGGGAAGGCAGGACAAUCAUCCACUGCUUGAAUGGCGGUGGGCGCAGUGGCAUGUUCUGUGCAGUAGGCAUUGUUGUGGAGAUGGUGAAGCGGCAAAAUGUGGUGGAUGUUUUCCAUGCAGUAAAGACCCUGAGGAACAGCAAACCAAAUAUGGUGGAAGCCCCGGAGCAGUAUCGUUUUUGCUAUGACGUGGCGUUAGAGUACCUGGAGUCCUCAUAGUUUGCUGAGACUAUUUGCGGAGCAUCCAAGCAGCAAUCCGUGCAUCGGUUGAGCCAGCAGCUGUUGUACCGGUUACGCACCGAGAGAUUUUAAUGUGGGGGGUGGGAGGCUUUUACAUUGGAGAGCCAAGCGUAUUUUUCUUAUAAAGUUGUGUAUCUUAAUAAAAAGGACUUGAUCAGUUUCUGUGACUGUAUGAGAGCAUCCACAUUUCUUGCCACUGAAAUUAUCUUUAAUCAGAUGCAGAUUCCGAUGAGAAGUGAUCCGAGUCUGUCCAGUGACCACACAGCCUUUUCUCUCCUGCUUUCUGUAGAGCAGCUACCACACAUUGCAUGCACUUUGUAAGUGGCAUUUCCCUCUCUUUUUAAAAUAAAAGCUGUAGGACCUUAAGAACAGGGAAGGAAACAAGCUGUGCAAAGUCAUAGUAAAUUUAAUUUUUAUAUGUUCCAAGUGUAUCAGAAUUACAUAUAUAUAUAUAUAUAUACAUACAUAUAUAUACUUAUAUAUAUAUGUAUAUAUAUAUAACUGGCUUAUUUUCUUUUAAUGUUCAAUGAUGGCUGGAUCAUUUAAAGUUCUUUUUAGAAAAUAACAUAAGCCAAAGACUAAAGUGUACAUAUGUCUAUAUGGAAGAAGCACAUUAUAUUUAUUGGUUACUUUUUUGAUGGAUAAAAUACUACCACCACACAAUCAUUUUUGUUGUUGUUGUUGUUUUUGUUGUUUUUGUUGUUUUAGAAGAGUUUUCUUUAGCUAAAAUCAAUAGUAAACAAUUUUUUGUAGAUUAAUUUUUGUAUGUUUAGUGUAAGUAAAGGGUAAACUUUUUAUUCAUAAACCAGGAAACAAUGUUUUCUGUAGUUUUUCCCUUGUAUACAUAUCUGUGAAUUAAAUUUAUGUAAAAUAUCUUGGCAAUUGUCUUUGAAUAGAGGACCAAAUUAAAAUGUUUUGCUGAAAAUGUAGUUUUUCCACAGUUUCAUUAGGUAAAUGAUGGCUUGAUGGUUGCAUAGGAGAAAUCCGCACAGCAGAAGACAUUGCAGGUAGCUUGCCCAAUGUUGAAUAUUACCUUUAAGCAUUGUUUAAACUUUAAAAGAGUUAUUCUCUGCCUAUGGCCUGGCACUGUUCAGGAUCACCCGAUAACAACAUUGCUGCUUGCAGGGUCAAGUUUUAGUAAAGUGUAAACUGCCACGGCAGCACAGUGUUCUUUUUGAUGUCUCCAAGCACAAGCUUUGGGUUUCUACAAUAGACAGUGCAAAUAGAUGUGUGGUCCCAUUCCCGUGCUCCACAUAACUGUACCAUCACACCCUUAUCAGCGUGCGGUUUGUUGUUAACAGAAGCAUUCUGGUGUCCUCUUCCUACAUGGCCGUCUAUGACAUGGUGCUUAUGAAGAUUUCAUGAAAGUAAGAGGGAAAUAAAGUUUUUAUAAUUAUAA